AGAGGUUGACUAAUGUGGUAAAUUAAGUACUGGAUGGUCACAGGCUUUUGUAGUAAUUAAUUAACUAAUCAUCUCCAGAAAUAUCAACUAUAUCUUAAAAAUGUAACGUUUUCAAUGUUGAUACUGUAAAAUGGUGGCCUUUCGUCUAUGGUUACCUCACCCUUACCUCGCCGGGGGUCUUAACAAACACGCACCCACACACCCACACUCGCCUCGCUCUCUGGAUUCCCAGCGUGACGUAUACCAUAUACCCGGUUAGCUAGCUUCAAAGCUAGUUAGCUAGCUAGCAGUAACUAACGUUAGUUAGCUACUGGCUAACAGUGUACACUGGAGUCGGUCAACGUUAACUGUCGCAUUCGGCUAUGGACGACGAAAGCUAUCCCAAAACAUUGUAUGUGGGGAACCUCUCCAGGGAUGUAACAGAAAUUUUGAUUCUGCAACUCUUCACCCAGAUUGGGCCUUGUAAAAGUUGUAAAAUGAUCACAGAGCAUACAAGCAAUGACCCCUAUUGCUUUGUGGAGUUCUUUGAACACAGAGAUGCUGCUGCAGCCCUUGCAGCCAUGAACGGGAGGAAGAUAUUAGGAAAGGAAGUCAAAGUUAACUGGGCCACCACUCCAAGUAGCCAGAAGAAAGACACAUCCAAUCACUUCCAUGUUUUUGUGGGAGAUUUGAGCCCUGAGAUCACCACCGAAGAUGUUAAGGCUGCAUUUGCACCUUUUGGGAAAAUCUCGGAUGCCCGUGUUGUGAAGGACAUGACGACAGGCAAAUCAAAGGGGUAUGGAUUUGUGUCCUUCUACAACAAACUGGAUGCAGAGAAUGCCAUCAUUAACAUGGGGGGACAAUGGCUGGGAGGACGCCAAAUCAGGACCAACUGGGCAACACGUAAACCACCAGCUCCAAAGAGUACCCUGGACAAUGGCUCAAAGCAGCUGAGGUUCGAUGACGUAGUGGCUCAGUCCAGUCCACAGAACUGUACCGUGUACUGUGGAGGGAUCCAGUUAGGACUGUCAGAACACCUAAUGCGACAGACCUUCUCACCGUUUGGUCAAAUAAUGGAAAUCCGAGUUUUCCCAGAGAAAGGAUACUCUUUCAUCAGGUUUUCCUCCCAUGACAGUGCGGCCCAUGCCAUUGUUUCAGUAAAUGGCACAGCCGUUGAAGGACACAUAGUGAAGUGCUUCUGGGGCAAAGAAUCUCCUGACAUGGCAAAGAAACCACAGCAGGUUGAGUACAGUCAAUGGGGCCAGUGGAACCAAGUCUAUGGAAAUCCGCAGCAGCAGCAGCAACAACAGCAGCAACAACAGCAGCAGCAGCAGCAGCAGCAGCAGCAGCAGCAGCAGCAGCAGUAUGGGCAGUAUGUGACCAAUGGGUGGCAAGUUCCCUCCUACAGCAUGUACGGCCAGACGUGGAACCAGCAAGGAUUUGGAGUAGAGCAGUCCCAGUCAACAGCCUGGGUGGAAGGCUUUGGAUCUCAGUCAGCCCAGGCGGCAGCUCCACCCGGUCCUGUCAUGUCCAACAUGGCCAACUUCAGCAUGGCUGGCUACCAAACGCAGUGAGCUAGCACUAACCUAAGUGUAGUACCAUGAGGGUUUUGUCAACCCUUUUAGACCACACAGCACUCUUCACUCUUUCAUCUUGACAGCUGCUGUGGUAGAAGAAGGGCAGGGGCCAUAUUCAAAAAGCCUUUGUAGCUAAUAAUUGCUUCUAAACAUUAAUUUCGACAAUUAUGUUUUAAAGGACUGUGUCCAUUUCCCUCAGAACUUUUAAAAAGCUUAUUUGAUGAUAAUUUAGUUUGGUUA